UGUCUCCAGUCUGGGCGGCCUCCGGUGCGCACCUUCCAUUCAUCCGCUGCCCUUGCUGAGCUUCCAGAGAGCGUAGUAACCAUGGUGCCCCAGUGGGUCCCUGCAGUCGGUUUUACUCUGUUGCCGAAUGUUGGCGGCAUCCUGGGAUCGAGGAUCACAAGCCAGGAGGUUCCGACAUGGUAUGCAACUCUGAAGAAGCCUUCAUGGCAUCCACCCUACUGGACGCUGGGUCCCGUCUGGGGGACGUUGUACACAGCUAUGGGGUACGGCUCCUACCUGGUUUGGAAGGAGCUGGGGGGCUUCACGGAGAAGGCCUUGGUACCCCUGGGACUCUAUGCAGGGCAGCUGGCUCUCAACUGGGCCUGGCCGCCCUUAUUCUUUGGUGCUCACCAGAUGGGCUGGGGUUUGGUGGAGAUCAUCCUGACCAGUGGGGCUGCAGUGGCCACCACUGUGUCCUGGUACCCAGUGAGCCCGACAGCUGCCCGCCUCAUGUACCCUUACCUGGCCUGGAUGGUGAUGGCCACAACCCUGAAUUACUGCGUCUGGCGGGACAACAAAGACAAAAAGCGUCGCCCUGAGGCCAAAUAAGGGAGCUCUGGGGUUCCUGUUUGAGAUGGGUCUCAGAACCCAGAUGAGGGUGCUGACUCGAGGCUCCCAAUUAGAAGCCUUUUCCUUAAGCGGGUCAGCGUGGCAGGGAAACAAAACUCUGUGGGUGGGGGCCACCGAAAAGGUGGCAUCUUAUUUUAAAAUUCCCUACUGAUGGGUCCAAAGAUACACAGUUGUGCUGUGACCGGUCCAGCUUUUUAAAUGACCUUCGCCUCCACCAUAAACCAGCCAAGCCAAGCUUGGUCCCAGCGGUUGGGUCAUGCUGCAGUGGCUCGUGGCCCCUACUUUUAUAUGCGAAUAAACUUCUCAACAACUCCACUGUGAUGCAGACCUUUGAUGUGGAGAAUAUCCCAGAUUCUUUCAGAAACUCACCUAAGUAUGUACUGAGUCUGUUCAUGGGGAAGGAACGCUGGCCUGGGAGCCCCAGAAUCACAGUAGCUGGAGGGUGGGAUGGUCCAAGCCACACCUCAAAGAAGGUCCCCUCCGAAACACACCCAACAACUGGUCGUUCAGCCUUUGCUGGCAGAUCUCCAAGGAGUCCACUCCCCAACUCUCCUGGCCAGAUAGCACAUUCCACUUUGGGGCGUGCCCAAUUGUUGGGAAUGAUUUUCUGCCAUCCAGCCUCAGUCUGCUCCUCCUCAGCCUCUACCCAGUGCCCCGGUUCUGCAAAGAGAACCAGGCUAAUUCUGCUCCAACUUUCACAUCACAGUCCUGUUUUUAUUUUGAGAACCGUUUAUUCAUACUGUUUGACAAGUUAUCUAUUAACUAUCUUCCCUGCUGUAUGCUUCAGGUCUUAGAUUUAAUUUUCAUUAUUUUUAAAAUGAAAAAAAAAUUGAGUUCCAAAUUCCCUCCUUCCUCCCCAUCCCCCAUCACAGCCCUUCUGGUAAC